UCCGGGUUUUGGACAGGGGCAAGCAUGGCACCACCUGUGAGAUACUGCAUCCCCGGCGAACGUCUGUGUAACUUGGAGGAAGGCAGCCCCGGUAGCGGCACCUACACCCGGCACGGCUACAUCUUUUCGUCCCUGGCCGGCUGCCUGACGAAGACCAGCGAGAAUGGCGCGCUUCCUGUGGUGUCUGUGAUGAGAGAAACAGAGUCCCAGCUGCUUCCAGAUGUGGGCGCUGUUGUCACCUGUAAGGUCUCUAGCAUCAACUCACGUUUUGCCAAAGUACACAUCUUGUAUGUGGGGUCCACACCACUAAAAAACGCUUUUCGAGGAACUAUCCGCAAGGAAGAUAUCCGAGCAACUGAAAAAGACAAGGUUGAAAUUUACAAGAGUUUCCGCCCGGGUGACAUAGUUUUGGCCAAAGUUAUCUCCCUCGGUGAUGCACAGUCCAAUUACCUGCUGACCACUGCUGAAAAUGAGUUGGGGGUGGUGGUAGCCCACAGUGAAUCAGGUGUCCAGAUGGUUCCCAUCAGCUGGUGUGAGAUGCAGUGCCCUAAGACCCACACUAAAGAAUUCCGGAAAGUGGCCAGAGUGCAGCCUGAGUUCUUACAAACCUAAGCACACUUUACCCCAUAUGACAGAGUCAACUCUUUCCAAGAGUACGAGUGUGAAAGAACGUCAAGAUGCCGUGGUCUUUAUUAAGGUACCUGUAGUCAGCUCACAACCACUUCUUAAAAAAUCUGCCAGAAAUGCAUUCAUGUUGUAACGACCACCUAAGGCCCAUGCAGCCAAGACAGGAAGAUUGUUAGUUCCCAAGUUUGAGAACAGCGUGGGCUAGUAAGACUCUUUCAACCAAAAAUAUAAAAAAGAAAAUGUACUCCAUUUGAAACACUAUUCUUGAGAAACAAUGAUUUUUAUUCUCUUGGCUGGUGAAUCUUAUAUAAAGAUAUUCAGCAAACAAAACCAUGUUAUAUUGGAAAUAGCUUAUGCCUUUAUAAAUAUGUAUAUAUAUAUAUGUAUUUUGCUAUGACUAGGGAAAAAAGACAUGCUUUUCAUUUGUUAGUGGUGUAAUUUUCUUAUUUCUUAUUCUGUGUGCUUUAUGAGACCAGGCCAAGCUUUUUCAUGUGGAUGCUUGGGAUUUGAACUCAGGUGCUCAUGAUUGGAUAGCAUUGCCCUUACCUGUUAAACCAUCUCCACAGCUCCCACUCUCACUGGUUAGAAGGUGAACUUGCAGUGAACUUUCUCAUUGUGUUUUUUUCAUUGUUUUGUAUUUUGUGUGCACCACUUGUGCCCCUGGAGGUUGUGAGCCUCCAAAGUACUCUUAAUCACUGUGAGCCAUCUUUCCAGCCAGCCACCAGUCUC